AUGGAGCUCGGUGGGAGGGGGCUGCAGAACAGGUCUCGGUGGGAGGGGGCUGCAGAACAGCACUUGGAGCUCCUUCAGUGCAGCGUGUGGGCGACUGCUCCUCGGAUCACGUUCCAAACCUCCUACGCUGACAGGACCCUGAGAGGGGCCUCAAGCCCAGUCCAGGACCUGGCCCUGUCCCUGGACCCGGACCUGGACUGGGCUCCUGAGUCCACAGAGACAGAGGAGCAGGAGCUGAGUCCAAAAUCAGACUUCACACAUUGA